UAUUCACAGAUCUCUGGAUCUACUCUACAUUUUCAAGUAUUAGCCUUAAUGUGUAUUACAUUCUCUAAAAAGGAAUCUUAAGCCCUUGUAAGAAGGUUGAAACGCCAAAAAAUAACCCGUUUCAUGCGACUCAAGUUUUGCAGGUGACUCCUAAAAACGGGACUGUAGAGGAGGAUACUCUUUGAAAUGAGCAUAACUAGGUUGGAAAUUAAUUUUCGUCGACUGCUCAGCCAAUGUGAGCAAUUGGCGAAAGACGACGACACGAAGUCUAGCUGGAGACUGGACAAAUAUAUUUCAGCCCUCGAAGACAUGUUUGCUGAUUUGGAAAAGCACCCAGCGAAAGCCAGUGAAGAGCAAAUGGGUGAAUACUCUAAGAGAGUUAAAUUUUUGAAAAAUCUGCGAAUGGCAGACCAACUUCCAACUGUACCUGAAAAAUUGGCAGCUGCUCAAAUGGUUUCCCAUACCUCUAGUCUGAAUGGGGCUGAUAUUACAACAGAGAUUCAGCAGAAGACGAAGGUUAAAUACACGACUGAACUCAAGGAGCAGCUGUUCCAAACAGACAAAGGCAAUGGAUUAAGACAAAGGUCAUCUAGGAAGUCGUCCACUGGUGAUGAUGUCGAUGCUCUUCUCAAAUACCAUCACUCGAUGCAGGAGAAAAUUGCUGAAGACAUGCUUUCCAUGACAAAAAACCUGAAGGAACAAACAAUUCUUGCCAAUUCAAUCAUCAAGAAAGACAUUAAAGUAACGGAACAAUCACAAAAUCUGUCUGAACUGAAUGCAGCUCGCCUCAAGGUUGAGUCUGAAAAACUGCAAGAGCACAGCAAAAGAGCAUGCAAAUGUUGGCUCUGGCUUAUGAUCAUUGUCGUCAUUUCUGUUUUCAUUAGUAUGGUCCUUUUCAUGAAGUUGAUGAAGAAGAAAAGCUACUGAUCCAGGAAAUCGCCAUGAAGAUCCAGCCAGCUGUAAGACUUUCCAAUUGAAUUAUUUAAUGCAUUAUCUAAGGUAUUCCAUGUUGUGUGAUACUGUUGUUUUGAUGAAAUACUACCUUGAAUUACAGUGUGACGAAACACA